AUGAGUAUAGACGAUGACACCCAAUGGCUUGAGUGGGUAACGAAGCAGUUUGAAAGCAUCGCUGGGGAAGAUAAAGAAAUUGACUUGGAAGAAUUCAAAACUGCUCUGAAAGUGAAAGAGUCCUUCUUCGCUGAGAGGUUCUUUGCAUUGUUUGAUUCUGACGGGAGUGGAACCAUUAGUUUAGAUGAGUUACUCAAAGCCUUGAACCUUCUCAUACAUGGAGACGAAACAGACAAGCUAAGAUUCCUCUUCCAAGUUUACGAUGUAGAUGGCAGUGGUUCCAUUGACCCAGAUGAACUGCGCACAGUCCUGAAAUCAUGUCUGAAGGAGAGUGCAAUAUCCUUGCCAGAGGAGAAACUGGAUGACCUCACGCUGGCUCUUUUUGAGUCCGCCGACAAAGACAACAGUGGCUCCAUCACUUUUGAGGAACUCAGGGAGGAACUCGAACGCUUUCCAGAGGUCAUGGAGAAUUUAACCAUAAGUGCCGCGAACUGGCUAAAGCCCCCGACAGCCGAACAGAAGAGCCACACGCCGCGCUACUUAACCCCAGCCUACUGGCACAACAACAGGAGCAAGCUGCUCUUCAUGGGCGGCUACCUGUGCCUGAAUACCCUCCUCUUCACCUUGGCUGCUCUGCGGCACGCACCUCUCGGGGGCUGGGUCAUGGUGGCGAAAGGCUGCGGGCAGUGUCUGAACUUCAACUGCACAUUCCUUGGGGUGCUCAUGCUGCGCCGUUGCCUGACGUGGUUGCGAGCUACCUGGGUUGCGAAAGUUUUCCCACUAGACCAAAACGUCAUCUUCCACCAGCUCGUGGGGUAUGUGGUGGGGGCUCUCACAGCAGUUCACACCGGAGCACAUGUGGGGAACUUUGUCAGGCUGACGCAGACCCGGGAUCGCCCCGCGCUUUGGGAAUAUCUGUUCACCACUCGGCCCGGGAUUGGCUGGGUUCACGGGAGCGCCUCGAUCACUGGGAUUGCACUGCAGCUGCUCAUCUGCGUGAUGCUCGUGUGCUCCAGCACCUUUGUCCGGAAGAGCGGCCAUUUUGAGGUCUUCUACUGGACUCAUCUGUCCUACAUCUCCAUCUGGGCUUUGUUAGUCCUCCAUGGCCCUAAUUUUUGGAAAUGGUUUGUGGUUCCUGGAUUUCUGUUCGUGGUGGAGAAGACAAUUGGCAUUGCUGUGUCACGCAUCGGGGGGCUGUACAUUGUGGAAAUCAACCUCCUGCCAUCGAAGGUGACUCAUCUUGUGAUUAAGAGAUCACAGUUUUUCCACUACAAGCCUGGAGACUACGUUUACCUGAAUAUCCCAGCGAUUGCGAAGUACGAGUGGCAUCCUUUCACCAUUAGCAGCGCUCCUGAACAACAAGAUACCAUCUGGCUGCAUAUAAGAUCACGAGGACAAUGGACCAACAGACUCUAUGAAUAUUUCAGGUGGCUUGAACCACUCAGCCAGGAGCCCAAACGGCUAAUGAGAAAUCUAAGAAAGCAGAGGUACCACAAAUGGACCCAGGUUUCUGCCAAGCUGAGUGAGAAUCACAGAGUUUGUAAUAUCAAGUGCUAUAUUGAUGGCCCCUAUGGGACACCUACGCGAAGGAUCUUCACCUCGGAACAUGCUGUGCUGGUAGGCGCUGGAAUCGGCAUUACUCCCUUUGCCUCUAUCUUGCAGAGCAUCAUGUACAGGUAUCGCAUGAGAAAACCAAACGAUCCCCGCUGUGGCUAUUCAUGGGGUGAGAGCCUCAAGGAUGAUGAAAUGAAGCUUAGGAAGGUUGACUUCAUCUGGAUCAACCGAGACCAGAAGUCCUUUGAGUGGUUUGUCAGCCUGCUCACUAAACUGGAAAUGGACCAAGCUGAUGAGGAACCGGAAGGCCGUUUUCUAGAGAUGCACAUGUACAUGACUUCAGCUCUUAGUAAGAACGAUAUGAAGGCUAUUGGUCUGCAGAUGGCUUUAGAUCUGCUGGCUAAGAAGGAAAAGAAAGACUCUAUCACAGGACUCAGGACCAGAACCCAACCAGGCCGCCCUGACUGGAGCAAGGUGUUCCACAAGAUGGCAGAGGAAAAUAAAGGGAAAGUCCAAGUCUUCUUCUGCGGGUCUCCAGCUCUUGCCAAGGUAGUCAAGGCUCACUGUGAACACUUCAACUUCAGAUUUUUCAAAGAAAAUUUUUAA